CUAUCGUUCUGUGCUCUGUGAGUGUUCUGUGUCGUGCCGUGUUUCCAUCAGUUUUCGUGUUUGGUAUAUCCUCUCUGCUCAUGUGUGUGUCUAUUUAAUCUAUUGUUUUGCUUCAUUUUAUCUUGCGACCACUGCGCUGAGCUGUGGAAGUUACUAAUAAUAAUAUAUCUUUGAAUAUUUUUAAUUAACUGAUUGCUGUAGGAUUUUAAACAUGACCCAACCACAUAGCAGAAAGCGAGUCUGUUAUUACUAUGAUAGUGAUAUUGGAAAUUAUUAUUAUGGCCAAGGGCAUCCCAUGAAACCACAUAGAAUACGUAUGACACACAAUCUACUUUUAAAUUAUGGCUUAUAUAGGAAAAUGGAAAUUUAUCUUCAGAAAUCUGCAUCAACUGGGGUGGUGGAUUACAUCAUGCAAAAAAAUCUGAAGCAUCUGGAUUUUGUUAUGUCAACGACAUAGUUCUAGGCAUUUUGGAACUCCUGAAAUAUCACCAACGUGUUUUGUAUAUUGACAUUGACGUACAUCAUGGAGAUGGUGUUGAGGAAGCAUUUUAUACUACAGAUCGUGUGAUGACAGUGUCAUUUCAUAAGUAUGGUGAAUAUUUUCCUGGAACUGGAGACUUGCGAGACAUUGGUGCUGGAAAAGGAAAAUAUUAUGCCGUUAAUAUUCCACUUCGUGAUGGCAUGGAUGAUAGUGCAUAUGAAAGCAUUUUUGUACCUAUAAUAAGCAAGGUUAUGGAAACAUUCCAGCCUAGUGCUGUUGUUCUACAAUGUGGUGCUGAUUCAUUGACAGGGGAUCGUCUGGGAUGCUUUAAUUUAACAGUAAAAGGUCAUGGAAAAUGUGUAGAAUUUGUCAAAAAAUAUAAUCUUCCAUUCAUGAUGGUAGGUGGUGGUGGAUACACCAUCAGAAAUGUAUCUAGAGCAUGGACUUAUGAAACUUCAGUUGCUUUAGGAGUUGAAAUUGCUAAUGAAUUGCCCUACAAUGAUUAUUUUGAAUACUUUGGACCUGACUUUAAAUUACAUAUCAGUCCCAGUAACAUGGCCAAUCAAAAUACUCCUGAAUAUUUAGAGAAAAUCAAAAGCAGAUUAUUCGAAAAUCUAAGAAUGUUGCCACAUGCCCCUGGAGUUCAAGUACAAACCGCCCCUGAGGAUGCUAUAAAUGAGGAGUCUGAUAGUGAAGAUAAGGUCGACAAAGAUGAAAGACUUCCACAAAAAGACUUGGACAAAAGAAUAGUUCCAGAAAAUGAAUUUUCUGAUAGUGAAGAUGAAGGUGAAGGUGGAAGAAGAGAUAAUAGAAGCUACAAAGGUAGGAAACGCCCCCGUUUAGACAAAGGAGGUGAAAAUAAAGAAUCAGGAGAGGAUAAAAUUAAAGAAGAUGUAAAACUGGACAAAGGUCCAGUAGAACAGGAAAAUAGAUGAAAAUAUCCAUCUGUACUUGGAUAGGGUUUUAUCAACAAUAUUGUGAUCAAGCCUACAUCAAAAAUACU